UUCAAAAUGGCGAACUUCAUUGCAGUGCCUAUGAAGAAGUGCUGGGAAGUCGAGAUGGCUGGGCCUCUUCGGGGGUUCAUUCAGACGACGUACCCCGACUAUAACAUCGAGGAUUUUAACCAGGCUCUGAAAGAUUUUGAUAGAUUGCGAAGUCAGAUGAUAUCCAAGUCAAUGGACAGACAUGAAUCCGCCUUAGACGUUCUCUACCGAUACCAUGACCAGUUAGUAGCAAUUGAGGCAAAACUUCCCAUGGCAGAAAACCAGAUCCGUAUCAAUUUCAAAUGGCAAGAUGCAUUUGAUAAAGAAACUUUUUUUGGUGGAAAGAACACAUUAAGUAUUUCCUCGGCUGCUUAUGAGAAAGUGUGUUUACUGUUCAACAUAGCAGCACUUCAAAGUCAGAUAGGACAACUUCAAAACCAUGAGUCAGAUGAGGGACUGAAAAUGAGUGCAAAAAUGUAUCAGCAAGCAGCAGGCAUAUAUACUUACCUUAGUGAGAGUGUGAUGUCCCUAGUACCACAAGGCACCACCCCAGAUCUUACCACAGAUACCUUGACUGCACUCCAGCUUCUCAUGUUAGCACACGCCCAGGAGAGCUACUGCCUGAAAGCUAUUGCAGAUAAAAUGAAGGACGCUGUUACAGCCAAGCUCUGUAACCAGUGCUCAGACCUAUACGCGGAGGCUAUGAGACAGCUGCAGAUGUACUCCAUCAGAGAGCUAUGGCCGCCCAACUGGAUCAGCGUCACAGCGGGAAAACAGGCAGCGUACCAUGCCAUGGCAGAGUAUCACCAGGCCAUGGUGUGUCAGCAGAACCACGCAUAUGGGGAGGAGAUAGCUAGAUUACAGCAUGCCAAAGAGCUAAUGCAAGCUGCAGUUACCAGGGGUGGCAAAGAAGUGAACUUCUCAGAAAAAAUGGCUAAAAUACAGCGUGCCUUGGAUUCGGCAGAAAAGGACAACAACUUUAUCUACCAUGAUAAGAUUCCAAGCAGGGGUAACCUGGAUCCCAUAGGGAAAGCACCUGUAGCCAAAGCAAUUCCUAUAGCUUCUCCUAUGGGAAGUGAUUUCAAAGAUUUGUUUGAGAAGCUAGUUCCUCUGAAUGUCCACCAGGCCCUGAUGACCCACGAGAACAAGAAAGAACAGGUGGUACAGAUGGCUGUGGGCAAGCUACGAGAGCAGACACAGCUCAUGAACAGUGUUCUGGCCUCUUUGAACCUUCCUGCAUCCAUAGAGGAUUUCUCAGGGAGCGAUGUGCCACCAUCUUUGAUGGAAAAGGCGCAGAAAGUUCAGUCGGAGGGAGGAAUAAACCACAUAGCUCAACUGAUGCAGGAUCUGCCAGAAUCAUUGGCAAGAAAUAGGGAGAUACUUGGGGAGGCAAUAAAAUUACUUGAUGAGGAGCAAGCAUCAGAUGAUCAGCUUAGACAACAGUUCAAGGAAAGGUGGACAAGAACGCCAUCUAUAAAGCUGACAGAGCCAAUACGAGCAGAGGCAGCUAAAUACCAAGGAAUUUUAGACAAUGCCAUCAAGGCAGAUGGGAUUGUGAAAGCCAAAUACAGUGAAAAUGAGAGAGCAAUUAAGCUUUUGAGCAACCCAGGGGAAUUAAAAAGUGCCCUGCCGUCUGCCAGCCCUGCUGCAGCCCUGAAGGACAGCCCUACAGUGAAGGAGUUGAGAACACUGAUGCAGCAGGUGGAGGCCAUCAAGGCAGAGAGGGAUGCCAUUGAGAUGGAGAUCAAAGAGCAAAAAUGUGAUAUGACUUCAAAGUUUAUGGCUGCCUUAGCCCAAGAUGGUGCUAUUAACGAGGAGAGCCUGUCUGCGGCAGAAUUAGACCGCAUAUAUGGUCCUCUACAACAGCAAGUUCAGGAAAGUUGUGAGAGACAAGAGUCCAUCAUGAUUAACGUGGAGAGAGUUAACAUGGACUUCUGUCGCCAGAGGGACUCCAACCAGAGCGCAGCAGAAAGAGAGAAGAUCUUGAAGGAGCUCCAGUCGGGUUAUGAUGCAUUCCGAGAACUCAAGGGCAACCUGGAGGAAGGCACAAAGUUCUACAAUGACCUUACCCAGCUGCUGGUGAAAUUCCAAAACAAAGUGACAGACUUCUGCUUUGCACGGAAGACGGAAAAAGAGGACAUGAUGAAAGACCUACAGUCCAGCAUAGCCAAUCAGAAGACAGCGCCGACACCUGCUGCACCUAGUUACCAGCAGCCACGAGUGCCGCCUGCCAGGCCACCCCCUCCAACCUUGCCAGCUACAGCACAGGCACCACCUAGUGCCCCCACUCAGGCUCCACCUAGUAGCAGUUAUAGUGCACCACCUCAGGGGCCACCAACGAGUGGUGCCAGUGCACCAUCUCAGGCCCCCUCUUCUGGUCCCCCCUCUCAGUUACCUUACCCCUCUCAGCCUGGUAGUCAGGGUCCAGCAUAUGGUGCUGCCCCCUACAGCCAACCAUCACCAUACCCACAAUACACGCCAAUGCCAAUGCCUGGUGGAUACAACCCAUAUAACCCUUACAUGGGUCAUCAACAACAAGGGGGUUACCCACAACAAUACCCACAACAAGGUGCCCCACAGUACCCCCAGCAGGGGGCACCAGCUUACCCCCAACAGGGGGCACCACCAUACCCCCAACAGGGGGCGCCACAGUAUCCACCCCAGUAUCCACCACAGCAAGGAGGAUAUCCAUACCCACAGCAGCAGUGGAGGUAGACUGGAUACAGUGCUGAGGAUGAGGAGAGAAAUUCAAUCAUUUUAUUAACAGCUGGCAUAGAUUAUCAGUUCAACCAAUUGAAUUGUAUUCCUUAUAGGAAAUUUGUACUCUCUAUAUCCUAUCCGAUAUACUAGGAUCAUGAGAUUGCUGGAGUUAAGCAAUAGGCUUUUAUGAUAUAGCUCUGGGUAUCAGGUGGAACUAAAAGUUUGUUUAUAGGUAUACCAUGUGCUCUUAUAUGAUAUGCUUGUCAGCAAUAGACUGUUUUUGAAGCACUAAUAUACGGCUACAUAAUGCAGUGUAAUAUUAUCCAAGUAUUUAGUUACAUAAAAAAACAUGGAUUAAGCAUUAUACUUCAGCUUAAAACUUAAGGAAAUUCGGUGCACAGAAGUUGUUGAAAGAUAUCAAAAUUGUAAAUUAUGUUUUAAACUUGAUGUGUCACUACAGGUCACCCUAGAAUCGUGGGCACUAGGUCCAAUUUUUUACUUUUAAAAUCCAUGAAAUUACGUAAGUGCACUGUACAUAACAUGUAAACCUAUCAUUAAAAAUAACAAAUAUAUCUUGAGUGGAAUACCCAAGUGUACAUGCACUGGUUUUGUUGGACUAGUUGGAUUCUCAGUGCCUCGCCAAAUAAUAUAUAUAGCUAAUCUGAUUGCAGGUUUCAUUUGUCCAAUGCUGUGAACUAAUGUUGAAUGUGAUUGGCUACUUUUCAAACGAUAGUAAUGCAUCACCAGCAUAUAAAGAUGGAGCACAAAAAUGGCUUUCCUGUUUCAUUUGCUCAUGCACUGUGUGACCAAGUGUUAGCUCAGUAUCUCAAAAAUACAUUGAAAUAGUAGUACUUUUUUGGUGUCUUGUGAAAAUAUGUGAUGUGAUAUGAAAUACUAUUUGUAGUAAAGCGGCGUAUGCUUGACUUCACACAUGCGGUAGCUGGAAAAUGCACAGAGACAAUUGCAGCAUGAGAAGGAGCAAAUUUAUCGGCAAAGACCAAGCUUCUACCAAAUAGUGUUUUGAAUAUUUUCCUUUGUUGAUAUAGCAGACUGGUGAUUUGAAAGGCUUUGUUGGUGAUUUAACUCUGUAAUUAAUGCUAAAUGUAGCCUUCCCCCUUUAAUAAUGACAGUAAAAAGUAUGUGUAAGUUAUAAACCUCAUGAGAAAUAUUAAUUGAAAAUCAUUGAAUAAUUACACUUAUUUUUCAUUCAAAUUCUAAUUUGUAAUUAUUAU